AACUAAAACUAUUGACAGUUGGCUGAUCACGACUAUGACGCAGAAUACUACUUUAACCACAAGAAUAACCACAUUCUCUACCACGAGUGUGAUUCAUACCUUGACCCAGAGUGCAACCACAUUCACUACAACAAACAUUACUAAGACUCAAACCAAGAGUACAACCUCAGACAUAUGGCAGACCCAAACAGUCACCCAUAAAGAGACUUCACAUACAUGGUCCACCUCAGUUGUAACCCACAGUGCCACAUCAACCACAAAAAUCACCACGUACACCUCCACAAGUGUGACCAAGACCAUAACUAACAUCAUGACCAUAACUACUAGUGUAACAAGGACUUUGUCAAACUGUAUGACAACAACUCUAAGUUCCUGCUGGGUCACUACACUUAGAGUUGGCUCUGGUUCAACCUUCACUUGUAUAACAUCCACCUACACACCAUGUUUGACAACAACCUUAACACCACACCUCACAACCACUCUGGUUCCUGGUGAUAAAAUAAUCACCCAGUUCUUGUCCACAACCAUAACAUCCUGGCUGACCACUACCCUAAUGCCAGGAAGAACAACAACCCUCACUCCAUAUUUUACCCUGUCUUACAUCAUGUCCAUGAAAGUAAAUGACGCCUUUGAAGAUGUAACACGCAAUUACCAAGGUGCCCACCAUGGUAUGGCUCAUGGCUCCAAUCAAGUUAUGACCCAGGCCCCACUGCAAGGUAUAGCACAUGGUGCCCACCAUGAUGUGACACAUGGUACCCUUCAUGGUGUAGCUCAAGGCUCUAACCAUGGUGUGGUCCAAGACAUCCACCAUGGUGGAGUGCAAGACAUCCACCAUGAUGUGGUCCAAGGUGUCAACCAUGAUGUGACACAAACCCCCUUCCAAGGUGUGACCUAUGGCUCUCCCAAAAGUAUAAUGCACACUGAGCCUCUUAGGCAACCCAUGAUCUCUACUAAGGUAUUACCAAAAGCUUCCUUCCAUAGCAUAACCCAUACAUAAUACCCACUAAGAUGUAAUACAGUCCAUGCACCCACUCAGAUUAUGGGCCUCCACUCCAUGACAACCCAAUGCCCCUGAAUAUAACACUUUAACAUAUUCUAUGUAACAUAGGUAUAUAUGAAUUUUAUAGGAGGUAACUUCUUAGGGAUUAUGUUCGUAUGAUAUACAUUCCCUCUGUAUCACUUACCUCAUAUACAAACUUUUUUUUUCACAUUUGUAAAAUCAGCUCUUCAUUGUGUGCCAUAUCCAUUGAUAUACUUGCCCUUUCAUGUCCAGUGUGUAAGUGGUUUAGAAUUUACUUUCAACUUUUUUUUUUUCAUUUAAUAUGAAUAUUAAACAUUUGGCAGUUUAUUUAUGGGAAUAGUAUUAUAGUGAAGAUAUGUAGUUUAUUGCAGCUUCCCUUAUGCUUUCAUCCUAUAUUACAAGUUAUAUGGUAACUAUUUCAAAACAAUACCCCAUUUUUUUUUUUUUCAGAUUAAAAGAUUAUAGCUUAUCGCAAAUGGUCUCCUUAGAAUGAAAAAGUCUGUUAGUGUUUUUUUUUUUUUUUUUUUUUUUGUACUCCUGUAUUUCUUUGUCCCAGGGUAGAUGUCUGAUUCAGUCACUAGGUUUGCAUUUCACUCUCUGCACUAAGAUGCGCUCUAGUUUUGCGGAAUUUUGUAUUAAACUCAAAACAUCUUGUAAACUAGGAUAUAAGAAAUGC